GCAAUAAACCUACCGUGCGGCAAGGCGGCGAGUAUUAUUUUCUUUUUAAUUUUUAUCUUUUAGAAAACUAAAAGACUACCAGUGGUUGAAAUAUAUAAUCACGUAUUGUUCGCUUUAAUUCAACAACUUAUUCCAAUUAUCGGGCGGGUGGUGCGCGAUCGAUUAAAUUGAUUACUGUGUUAUUGAAGUAAUUUAUAAGUAGGUACCUAUAUUUAAAAACGUGUAGGUACUUUUUGCCGGUAUACGGGCAGGUAACACCUCGGCUUCUAUUUUAAUUCGGAAUACACCUACCUACAGGCAAAAGUGUAAAAACGAUAGCAAAAUGCCCCGCAAAAGCAAGCACGUCCCGCCAAAAAAUAUUAAUAACAAUGAAAGUCCAGAAUUUAUUGAUGAUUCAAUAGUUUCUGAUGAGUGGGUCGACGUGACGGAUGAAUAUGUUAUAAAGAACACUUCCAAAACAUUGCCGGUGUCGAGUGAAAACCCGCCAAAAUCCGACACCCCAUGUCCUGAACUUGAAUCAUUAAAUUCGCCGAAAAAGAAAAAAAGGAAAUUGAAGAUGCCUCUAACUUUCGACGAAAUCCUAGGAAAACUUAAUUUCAAUACAUUGUACUUGAAAUUCACGAAAUUAUUACAAUUCCUGGAGAGUAAUGACAGUGAAAUGUUGUUCCCGUUCAUAACUAAACGAUAUGAAGAGUUUUUCAAAAUAAUCAUCCAAGACAUUAAUAUUUUGAAAUCAAGGAGUUUGGAUGCUAAUUAUAGAGAUAUUUGUGAUAAAAUAAUAGAGGUUGGCAGCUUCAAGAAUUCGGGAUACCUUUUGACCUAUAACUAUGAUUUACGGACGGAGUUUAAAAAUCCCAUCUUAGUCAUCAAAAAAAUUUACACCCAAAGCCCUUUUAGUUUGGAAGGAACAAGUUCAUCAGAUAGCAACCAACCUUCUCCGUUACCCAUGGAGACGUUCGACAUGGAACCCCGUCAUUCACCAAAAAGGUUCAAAAACCCUACAGUAUCUAACAGCUUUAAAAUCCACUGCUUACACUCAGCACUGGUAUUCGUAAAAAAUAAUCUGACCAAAAAUAUUGAAUUCCCGGAAUUAACAUCCGAGCAAGCAGAAUUCAUGCAAUUGUUGCUUGAAAGUAUUAUAACCUUUGCCGACUGUGAAAAUGUCAGUGAGGUCAAUGAACUCUAUAGAGCUUUAUGGGAGGCGGUCAAAAUUCACAGUACAAAGUAUGAUUUUAAAGUUAAUAUUGACAGUUGCGGUGAUAAAAAGAGUCUAGUCUUUGAAAAAGUACCAAAACAGAAAAGGGUUGAGCGUGCGACUUAUACAAAACAACGCAGAAUCAAUAUAACACCACCACUUAGCUCAAACGAACAGACAGUUACUGAAAAUCAAUCAAAUGUAAUAGACAUGGUUAUUUUGACAAACCAAGCAAUGAGUGUAAAUAAUUCUACUGUAAGUGAGAUUCAACCAGUUGUUACCACAGACCAAUCUAUGGGUCCAAAUGAACAUGUGGGAUUAAAUGACCCUGUGGGUUUAAAUGACCCUGCUAUUGAUAACACAGAACCCAAAAUUGAAGUUACCACAAUUCAGCCAGAAUGGCAGACACAAAGAGAUGUAACAGACCAACCCAUAACUAGUGUAAAUGGACCAGUUGUUAACACAGACCAAAUUAUGGGUUCAAAUGAACUAGCCAUUAAUACAGUACAAAUAAACCAAACUGACAUUACCACAAAUGAACCAGUCGUACAAAUACAAGAUGAAACAAAAAUACCCAUUGAUAGUUUAAAUGAACCAACUGUAAAUGGAAAAGACCCAGCUGUGAGCACAAACCAACCGACACUUAGUUUAAAUGAACCAGAUAUAUGUGAGAUUGAACCGGGUGUAAGCACAAAGCAACCGACAAUUAGUGAAAAUGAACUGAAUAUAAGUGUAAUUGAACCGGGUGUAAACACAAAGCAACCGGAAGUAGUCACUGAAUCAGCUGUUGGUAAAAUAGAACAGGUAGACUCUAACCAAUCUACAGACCAAAAUGAACCAUGUCCAAGUAGACCAGAAGAACCAAUGACCAAUGAGAGUACUGCAGUUGAUAUAAACCCAGUUGUUGAACAACCUAUAGCCAACAACCCAGCCACACUCUUUAACCAACCAGUUGAUAAGAAACAACCCGUUCUUAGUGUAAAUCAACCAGUGUUUACCCCAAGUCAACCAGUGUUUACCCAAAAUCAACCAGUGUUCACCCCAAGUCAACCAGUUGUUAGUGUAAACGGACCAGUAACUGGUGUAAACAAACCAACUGGAUUAAAACCAUUCGCAUGUUAUAAUCGCGAAGAUCUUAUUAUCAAAAAUCCAGGUCAAAAAAUUAAAAUAUACCCUCCGAUAAAACCGUCGCCGAAAAAAAUACUAAAAAUGAGAAACAAAGCCACUUUUGUAUACAGAUUGCCUAGAACAUUCCUUUGCAAUGCUUUCAAAACUAUCAUAAAAUUUCUAGCCGACGAGAGAAGGGAUAAAAUGAUAUUCAUACCGACUAAUCAGGAUGAGUUAGUGUUCUAUAGAAAAUGCAUGGAAUGGACUCGUGUCGAACUUGAUGCGAUUUUCGACGGAGAAUAUAAAUUUUAUGUUAAUCAAAUCGUUGAUUAUUUGUCUUACAUGAAAGUUCAAGUGCCGAAACCUGCCAAGGAAUGUUUUAAUCUAGCUACUGGUAUUAGGGAGGUGACUUAUGUCAAGAAACCGAAACACCAUUGCAAUGGCAAACCGAUGGUAAAACCGCCCGUAUCAGAAUUCAAUAUUCCCAACGUUUGUACAAGCAAACCGAUGGUAAUACCGCCCGUAUCAGAAUUCAAAAUUCCUAACAUUGUUACAAGCUUGAGGAAUAAGAAGAAAAACAAAAAGUUAAAGAAUAAAGACUUGGUAAAACUGAAAACACCAAAAAGCAAAAAAUCGGUUGUAGGCGUGAGCGACAAUAAGAUAUCUAAGAAAUCUUCCGACUCAAGCAGUGUUAGCAGCAGCAGUCGAGGAACUAGCCAGGAAAGAAAGAAAAAAACUAAGAAAGCUAGGAAAAUGAAUAAACGUUUGCCACAGGAAAUGGAUGUGACACCUAAAAGUACGAGCUGUAAUGGCAAGAAGAUGCGAUGGGGCGACGACGCGAGGAAGGAACAACUUAUAGAGGCUCUCUCUGUGCCCGUGCAGAGUGAUAAGGCUAUGAGAAUAAUGCGUGGCAUGGGCUGGAGCGGCGGGGCGCUGGGGGCGAGGGGGGACGGCAUUACUGAACCUAUUAUGCCUGUUCUCGAUCUUCCCAAAGGAUAUGGUUUCGGCGCAUACAAACUAACGCCCCAAUCAGAAAUCGUUCCCAAAAAACGUGCACCACCCAAACCCGUCACAGUUUGGCCAACCGACAGCAGCGAAGACGCACAACUAUCAGAAAACGAUAUCAUCGUUGAAAAAACUAAAGAAUUACUCUAUACAAAACCUUCCUUUGAUAAAUUUAUGAAAGGAGACGGCAAUCAACUAAAAACGGAUCCGGAAAUUAUAGAUUUAGACGCUGAGUAUCCAGAUACUGAUUACAAAAAAGCGGAGGUCCCAAAAAAGACCUCUAAAGCUAAAAAAACUAAAUCGGAGACCGUUAAAGCGAAACUUAUAAAAUCCAUAAUUCAAAUACCUUCUCAGACCAGACACGGGGCACUGCUUGACCAAAACCCAAACUAUGUUAUAGAAUUUGUACCUAGAAAUUUCCGCAAAGAAGUUCUAGAGACUGUUCUAGAAAUUUUGACAACGGACUUGAAAGCAAAGAAUUUGACGUUUGACAGACCUAUCAGUCAGAAAAAUAAGCAAUACAUGAUGCAUUUGUUGAAAAAUCUUAAAUAUAGUAGCAAUGUACAAGUAGCAUGGAACGAGCAAUGUUUAGCCGAUGAGAUUGUGGAGAAAUAUAAGGACUUACCCGAUGUUUUUGUAAAGGGUUCUGUUUCUGAUGAUCGAUUGGUAGUGGAAUUCGAAAAGCUACAAAUCGUCAACGAAGAUCGUGACACCAACGAAAUUAUACAAGACGAAAAUGUUUGCGAAGUUACCAAUUACAUAAGAGCCUGUGGCGUCAAAUGUGACACCCGAAAAGCCUUAGAUAACCUAAAAUUCAGGGUUCUAACACUUAUGAAAAUACUAGAUUUUGUCAAGUCAGAUAAUGAAGAAAUUGAAAUAGAAUUCAAUAAUGUUUUGCCGAAAAAACAUAGGAAUUAUAUUCAGUCUGCAUUGGAUAGUAUCAAUUUAAGACACAGGCUUGGAGAAAGUAAACCAGAAGGGGAUUUGUCGGAUGAAAUUAAAAAGUAUAUUGGAGAUAUGUUUAUAAGCCAUAUGUUUAAUCAUAGAUAUAGUGCCGUAACAUAUAGCAAGCAUUUCCACACCAAGCGCUUCCAUACACCACCAGAAACACGUAGAAAAGUAGACAAAUGUAAAACUGAAGCUGUUAUUGUUCUCGACAAUAAUAACAGUAAACCUGAUAUUACUGAUAAUUCUGAGAUUACUGAUAAUCCUGAGAUUACUGAUAAUCUUGAGAUUACUGAUAAGCCUGAUGUUACUGAUAAUCCUGAGAUUACUGAUAAUCCUAAGAUUACUGAUAAAGAAAAUAAUGAAACUGCUAGUUAUGAAGUCACUGGUAGUGACGACGACUUCACUGUUGAUGGCAAUGACGUUACUGUUGAUGAAAAUAACGUAACUGAUAAUGACUGUAUAGAUUUAAGUUCUGAUGAAGAUAGUUUUAGAAUUUCUCCUAAAAUACUGCCGCCUAGAGACGAAACUGUAAGCAUGUUUGAAUAUCUGUGUAUGUAUGAUACAUCGAAUUACAGUUUUAAGGCUGAAAAACCAAACAGCAUUGUUGUGGAUGAAAAAGAUAAUAUUUCAGAAUCUCAAGUUAUAAAUAACUGGGAUAUUGAGACAGAAAAUCAGGAUGAAACCAUGGUAGAAAUUGGUUUAAAUAAUCAAAUUCAAGAGAAUAUAGAAACAGAAGAAUUGAUUGAAAUAAAUAAAGAUGAAUCAUCUACAGAAAUCAGUGAAAAAUCAAGCAAAAUGGACGAUGAAGAGAUUAUAAAACGUAUUGAUGACAUUAUAGAGGCAGAAAAUAAGACUGAUUGUGAUAUUAGUUUUGAUAAAGACGAUUUAGUGUUAAGUGAAGAAAAUUAUGAUAAUCAAUCUUUAGAAGCUAGUCAUUCCAAAACGGGUGAAAUAGAAAACGGUAUAGAUAAGAAAAGUACAGAAAUUAACCAUGUAUACAUAGUUAAUUUGCACUAUCCUACUGAAAUAAUAACGAACGAAAAAGCUAAAGCGGUUCAAGAAGUUAUUUCGAAGCAAAUAAUGCUUUGUAAAGAAUUACCUUUACUCAAGUGUCAUGGCGUCCAAUAUGGCGCCCUCAUAUAUACUUGCCACAACAAAAAUACAUUUGAGUUUCUCGAAAAUUCCAUUAAAAAUAUUGGUGAUCUAAAAGUGUUGAACACUAUACAUGUUACCAAAAUGGCUGCUAAAUUAUUUUGUUUGUUUGAUUUUGAUUCUGUUUACUUAUUUAAUAUGAUAGAGAUGUAUAAUAAAGAGAUUUCUACCAAGCAGUGGGUGGUAGAAUCGAAGGAGUUUUGUGAUGGUAACACUAUCUUUAUUAUAGAAAUGGAUAAGAAUUCCAUUGACUUUAUACAUGCGUCUGAUCUCUCGUUAUUUGCGGGUGUCGACAAAGUAGAAUUUAGUUUGAUCUGGGAAUAAAUAAACAGGUUUUUUUACUCUCAA